AGACCUUCCACCGCCGGAGCCGUUGAAGUUGGGUGACAACGCAGCAGCCGCGUCCUAGCAGAAGUUUAAGCAACGAAUCGAACUGCAUCUCCGAGCAACGGAACCGACGAAGCCGCACAGCAAAGAACAAAAGGCCUCCAUCUUGCACAUCGCGGGCCAAGAAGCCACCGACGUGUUGAACACGUUAAAUUUGUUUCCUGAGGGGCCGAACGACUACGACGUGCUGUUCAGGACAUUUGAGGACUAGUGCCUGCCCAAGUACGCGUCGCCAAGCCGUGGGUGAGCCGUUCGAGCAAAUUUUCCGGGACCUACAACUCAAGGCUAGAACGUGCAACCUCGCAGAGGUAAAGGAAUCUAUACCCCGCGAUCAGAUCGUCUAUGGAAUUUUGAGCACGUCGCUACGCGAUAAGCUGCUAAGAAAAAAUAACAUUACUCUAGAAGUGGCCGUCGACUGCUGCGAGGCCGAAGAGUGUGCCGAAGUCCAGAACAAAGCGUGGAACGGAGACUCACCAAAGAUUGAACCAGUUCAAAAGGGACAAGUCAAACAGCGUGACCGCGCAGCACGUGCCGUUUUGUCAGCUUGUCUCACGACCCAAAAAAAUCCCCGCGUACGGUAAAACGUGCUUCAUGUGCAAGAAGCCGAAUCACUUCGCAGGCUGUUGCCGGAACAACGCGGGCGUUCAUGGCGUUACCGAAGGCAAUGAGAGCGACACCGACACCGAUAUUCUCGAAAUGUCGACCACCGAAAGCAGCCAGAGCAGCCGCGACUGGGUCGUCAAAACGCACAUCGAAGGGACCGAAGUGCAACUGAAAAUCGAUACGGGAGCGCAGGCGAACCUCCUAUCCAGGGCACCCUGUUCGCGAAGCUGAAAACCAAACAGCAGCCUCGUUCCACGAGGAGCAUUCUUUGCCAAUACGUGGGCGGCGAAAAUCCUAUGUAGCGGACAUUUCGUCUCUUGGUGCACUUCGGCAAACGGCGUGUGUAGCUCGACUUUUUCGUGGUAAAAUAUAAGCAAGCCUUCCUGGGCCUCAGAGAGAGUGAACAGUUGGGACUCGUGAACAGAGUGGACUCGCUGGAUAACAAGUCGCCCAGUGAAUGCAUUUAGCAGCAAUUUCCAAGUCUAUUCACCGGAUAUUGGCAAAACACGACGAGAGUACAAGAUUGUGCUUCAAGAGGACGCCGUAUACCGGUGGUGGGAGGAACUGGACUACACGGAGGCCGCAAGCAUCAUCGCUAAAAUUGAAGACCUAUCCGAUUGUAUGUGUCUAUUGGUCAUUGUGCGGUAAAAGAAUGACAUGCUUCGCAUAGCAUAGACCCUGGCGCACGUCGCAAGAAAAUCAAGGGCGAGCUAGCGCCUACGAAGUAUUUCAGCCGCCUUGACGCAAACUGGCUUUCAUCAGAUCUCACUCGAUGAACAAACGUCCAAACACACGUCCUCGCCCAAAGUAUUCCGAAGUUCAGUGACCCAGAUAUUCGACGGUCUCUCCGGUGUGCGGGUGUACAGCGACGAUAUAUACUGGUAUGGCGUGCAACAUGAAAAGGGCAUGAUGGGCGCCUUCACAAGACGUUUGCAAGGACCAAGGCUAAGGGACUAACGCUAAAUGCAGAGAAGUGCAUCUUUGGACAAGAAGAACUCAGUUUUCUUGACGACAGGAUUAGUUCGAAGGGAAUUGAACCGAACUUAGACUUAGUGAAGUGCUUCGUACAGCACCCCACCCCCACGUCAAAGAAAGAAGUUCAACGCCUGGCUUGGCGCGCCCUUGGACGAAGAUUCGGCAAACGUCAAAGUGCAUGCUGUCGGUGUCUUGUCCUCGGUCGUGGACAGAAAAACCCUGUGCCGCCUUAAGGCAGCGACCACCAGCGAUCUCGCUCUUCAAUGGUCAUCUCCUACCUGCAGUCAUCAAGGCGUUUUUAAGGUGCGACACCUGCAAGAGGUUCGCAAACCGACAGCCUGAUGAGCCUCUGUCUCUCCGCUCCGUCCUAGAGUACCCAUGGGCUAAGGUUUCCAAAGGUCUAACGGGCUGGCAGAAAAAUGGAGUUCAAAUAGUCAAGCGCGUUUUACGCAAGACGGAGUGUGCCAAAGAGGGUUUCUGGUUGGGCCCUCUCAACUGCCGGGCAGCUCCUCUUGAAGAUGGUCGAUCGCCAGCGAAGCUCCGUAUGGAACGGGGACUGCGGACACUAGUUCCCGACUUCGCUGUGCCGCCGACGUCUCCCGUGAAAAAACACUUACACAAUGAUCCCCAAGGGGACACAACUGGCUCCUCUCCGGACAGGAGACAUUAUACGCAUUCGUGACAGUGGAAGGUGGGGUAAUAAAGCACGAGUGCAG